AUGGCUUCCCCUUCGAGCGUGCCCAGAUGGACUCCAAGUCCAAGCCCAGGCCGGCCGCGAGCCAUCGCCGACGAUGGCUUCAACUCCGGCGGCGACGAUGUCAUCUUUCCGUUCGGUGACAUUCCCACUCCACCACCUCUGGAAACGGAAGCCUUGUGGGCCACGGGCAUCAGCGGCGGCCAGAAGAGGAGAGUCAGCAUCUGCAUCGAGCUCCUGACGCGCCCUCAGCUGCUGUACCUCGACGAGCUCACGAGCGGGCUCGAUAGCGCUGCGUCGUACCAUGUCAUGAGCCGCAUCGCGAGGCUCGCUCGACGCGAGAUUAUGACGGUGGUGGCGGCCGUUCACCAGCCGAGCAGCGAGGUGUUCGACCUCUUCCAUGGCCUCUGCCUCCUGGCCUACGGCGAGACCGUCUUCUUCGGCCCAGCUUCCACUGCUAAAGAGUUCUUUGCUGUGCACGCCUUCCCCUGUCCUCCGCUGACAAAUCCUUCCGAUCACUAUCUUAGGACGAUCAACAAAGAUUUCGACACGGAUAUCGAACAAGAUCCUGAGUCCAAGACAAGAACCAGCACUGCCGAAGCAAUCGAGAUCCUCGUGAAGUCUUACAGCUCUUCGGAUACCCUGCAGCGUGUCACACGAGAAAUAGCGGGGAUACAUGAUUUGGGAGGAGCCUCCGUGAAGAGGAGGAACCAAGCGAGCUUCCUCGUUCAAACGCUUGUGCUCACGAGACGAUCCUUCGUGAACAUGUACAGGGACUUGGGCUACUACUGGCUGCGAUUUGCCAUCUACAUCGCGCUUUGCCUCUGCGUGGGCACAAUUUACUUUGAUGUUGGCCACGGUUUUGGCUCGAUUCAAGCGAGAGGGUCCAUGCUCAUGUUCACAGCUGCUUUCCUAACCUUCAUGGCGAUUGGAGGCUUCCCCUCUUUCGUAGAAGACAUGAAGAUCUUUGGAAGAGAAAGACUGACCGGGCACUACGGCGUGACUGCCUUCACCGUUGCGAACACGCUCUCCGCCACCCCGUACUUGGCUCUCAUCUCCGUGAUCCCAGGGGCCAUGGCCUACUACUUGGUCGGCCUGCAGAGGGGGGCGGACCACUUCAUCUACUUCGCUCUCGUGCUGUUCAUGUGCAUGAUGCUCGUGGAGGGGCUGAUGAUGAUGGUGGCGAGCGUCGUCCCGGACUUCCUCAUGGGCAUUAUUACCGGAGCAGGGAUCCAAGGGGUAAUGAUGCUCAACGGGGGCUUCUUCCGGCUGCCCCGCGACCUGCCCGGCCCGGUAUGGCGCUACCCCAUGUACUACGUUGCCUUCCACAAGUACGCCAACCAGGGGUUCUACAAGAACGAGUUCUUGGGGUUGACCUUUCCCAAUGAGCAAGCCAGAGGGCCGCCCACCGUCACCGGAGAAGAGAUAUUGAGAGACAUUUGGCAAGUCGAGAUGGGCUACUCCAAGUGGAUCGAUCUUGCCAUCUUGCUUGGCAUGGUUGUGCUCUACAGGUUAACGUUCUUAGUCACCCUGAAGAUUCUGGAGACGGUCAAAUCCAUGGCUUGACCUUCAAAACCCAUCUCCAUAAAUGGUCGAACAACAAACAAAAUAAUAACGGGAAAAAGGAAAAACAAGUGAUCAAAUGAAGAGAAUAUUCUGAUACACGUGGCAUGCAUGAGGGGCCACAUGAAUAAUUCAACUGUCGACGCAUUAUUGGUAUGCCAUAUGCACUGAUUGAAUCUUUUAAGCUCGUACACGUCACGUGCACUCCAAUUAUGUAGCUGCCUCCACGCAAUUCACAUGAAGGGAUUUUGUUGCAUAUGAGUUGUACGUCAAUUUCGUGUAUCCAUAAUCAAAACGUUCAAGAAUAUAAUUUCAUGAUUUAAUUC